UGAUAUGGUAUGAGGCGUGUGAUGUUGUGUGAAUUCACGUCAGAGGUAUGAAUCGUCAUGUCGAGAGAACUCAAAAUUAUUUGUGCACCGAACAGGCAGUGAGUAACGGAAACGAAAAUGCAACCGGCUUCCGCAAAAUCAAAACUCAGGUAUCCAGGGAAACAUGAGCCACUGGACAGACGGAAACUUAUGUCAGCUUGUCAACCUCUAUUCACAGUUCAAAAACCUAUGGGACCGAAAUCACCCUUGCUAUUACAAACUUCGAUGUAGAUACGACUCUUAUAAUGAAAUUCGAAAAGGUCUCUCCACGCCCGGUCUGACGGUGACUCGUGUGUUAUCGAAACUCUGGGACUUGCGAAGUGAUUACGUAGCUGAGUUACGCAAAAUGCAAAUCGCAAAGAAACGGAAUUUCCAUUACCAGCCGAGAAAAAUAUGGUUUUCGGCCAUGCAUCGAUUUUUGUACGAUUCUCUAGACACAGACGAAAAACCCACUGAAGAUUCUUGCGAUGUAAGUCAUUCAACUUUACAAUAA